CGCUCAAUUCUUUCUCCAAUUUAUACACAUGAUUCUUCAUUGAAAAUUCAAGCUCCUUCAGUAUUUCGUCAAUUACCUCUUCCAAUUAAUAUAAAAGCUCCUUCAGUUCAUCCUCCAAUUGAUGUGUACUUGAGAAAUCAAGCUUCAAAAUAUAAGGUAUCCCUCUAA